GUAAGGGUAACGCAGAGAAGGCUGUCAUAUAUAAGCCUCCACCAAUACCCAAACCCCACCACUCCCAGAAGGAUACCUAUGGGAAGAUCCCCCAGCUCUGUUGAGAAUGGCCUCAAGAAGGGCCCCUGGACCCCUGAAGAAGACCAGAAACUAGUCCAAUACAUCCAGGAGAAUGGCCAUGGCAGCUGGAGAGCUCUCCCCAAGCAUGCUGGACUCAAUAGAUGUGGCAAGAGCUGCAGGCUAAGAUGGACCAACUACUUGAGGCCAGACAUCAAGAGAGGCAAAUUCUCCCAAGAAGAAGAGCAAACUAUCCUCCAUCUCCACUCUAUUCUCGGCAACAAGUGGUCGGCGAUUGCGACGAACCUCCCGGGCCGAACCGACAAUGAGAUCAAGAACUUCUGGAACACUCACCUCAAGAAGAAGCUGAUCCAGAUGGGGUUUGAUCCGAUGACCCACCGCCCGAGGACCGACUUCUUCGCCACCCUCCCCCAGCUUAUUGCCCUUGCCAACCUCCGUGAGCUCGUCGAUGGCCACCCCUGGGAUGAUCAUGCCGCCGCGCGCCUUCAGGCUGAGGCUGUCCGGGCUGCAAGGCUUCAAUACUUCCAGUACCUCCUCCAGUCAGCUGCAGCCAUGGCUAGUAACUCCAACACCAAUAGCCUUAGCACCAUCACCACCAGUGACAUGGAUCCUACCGGCCUUUUGAGCCCCCUACAGGUGCUUUCCUUUGCUUCAGACGUCCCUACCACAAGUCCUAUUGAAAGUAUUGGUGGCCAGAGCCAAAUCAGCCAAUUGCCAGAUCUCCACAUCCCAUGCUCUUCUUUUGACGUCCAACCUAUUAUGAGCAGUGACACCAUCCAAGGAUCCAACUUCGGUUUUUUAAGCCAGGGAGAUCCGAGUGGCACCCCAAGAACACCAUUAAUAUCACCUCAUUCGUCUCUUCCUCCACUCACCGAUUUGUCGGCCGGCAACCCAGGGGACGCUUGCAGCACCUCUAGCUGCGGCGGGACUGGGAGUCCUCUUUCCUUCUGGCCAGAGCUCUUGCUUGAUGAUCCAUUUAUGACCGAGUUUGCUUGAUUAUUUUUAUCUUUUUCAAUACGUCCAUAUCAUUAUAUCGUUUAUCCAUUUCUUUUCUUUUCUUUCAUAUUUCUGGGGAGUUUGAGAUCAGUGUUAAUAGUGCUUGCAUGCAUUGUUGAUCGACAUUAAUGCAGUGCAUAUCUUAUGCAGAUACUAUCACACUUGUAUGUGUACACACGCAAAUGCUUAUAUAUACUUGGCUUGGGUUUUGGUGCUGCUA